GGGUAAAGGCUAUUGGGCUAGAUUCCAGAUUUAAUGGGCUUAAUUCAACCCUGUAUUGUCGACAAAUCUAAUUCAGAAUCGAUGUCAACUCGUUUGCAGCUCUGUCUUCUUCCUUCCUCCAAUUCCCAUGUCAGAAGCUGAAGAAGUCAAUUCUCCUCAGCCGCAUCCAUAUUUUGAGGUUUUAUGCAAAAUUUCCGGCAAGAAAACCCGGUUUGCAGCCGGAACUAAGGCCGGUUUUGCGGUAUCGUUGAUAAAUAGAAAGUUGGGUAUCGAAGCUCCGGUUGCCUUGUAUAUUGAAUCGGUUAAAGAAGGGGAGCCUAUUGUUUUUGGCCCCGAUGCCGUUCUUGUGAAUUAUGGCAAUGGUUGGAUUUUGCAAACUGUUUCUGAUAUGGAUUUUUCUGGAAUCGGCAUGCCAGAACGCAUCCGGGAGGUUCCAACACCAAUCCCUAAUGGAAAGAACAUCGAUGGGUCUCAUUCUACUAAGACCCUUUCGAAACCAGGAAUCAAUUUUGUUUACAUUGCAAAGGUUUUGUUAGCUUUCGUUAUGAUGUUUAUGAUGGGGGGAGUUUUCAUGUUGGCUCUUGACAAUCUCCCUGAACUGAUUUUGUUUUAGACUCUUUCAUGUAAACUAUGUUUCAACUCAAAUCUGUUAAAUACUACUCAAAUGGUAUUUUUGAUAUGUGCACUGGUAAGAA